AUGCCGACAUUCUCAUCACUUGAAUCUGAACGUGUGUAUCGAAAAGAGCAUCUAGCUUUGAUUUUCCGAAUUCUACAUCGAUUUGGAUUUGCAGAAGGUGUUGCAGGCCAUUGCUCUGUCCGUGACCCAGUUCAGCCAGAUACGUUCUGGGUAAAUCCGCAGGGAAAGUCCUUUGCCCGUAUGCGUCAAUCUGAUUUGAUUCAGUGCCAUGUUGAGAAUGGAGAGAUCGUGAGCGGAGAAUUACCUGUGGAUGCGUCUGCAACGAGUAUUCACUCAGAGAUGUAUAAAGCUGCUGGUCGGGGUAAGGGUCAGGAGCGUGGAAAGGAAGGCGGAAUAGAGAGUUUGGUCCAUGUGCAUUCGCCAUACACCAAAGCAUUCUCGGCCCUCAACCGAACCCUCGACAUGAUAUCUCAGGAUGCAUGCGCCUUCUAUAAUCAGCAGGCCCUCGUUCCUUUUGCCGGAGGGGUAUUCGACAACCAAGAAGGCGCGCGCAUCGCGUCCUUCAUCGGCCCUCACCAUAAAGUUGCUAUAUUACAAAAUCAUGGUCUACUGAGUGUAGGCAGACUGUCAAUAGAUGAAGCCGCUUGGUGGCAAAUCAGUUUCGAAAUGUGUGCGAAAGCUCAAAUACUUGCGGACUCUGCUUUACGACCAGGCGAAAAAUUCGUUUUUGCAAAGGAAAAGAAUAUUCUAGAAACAAGGGAGGAGAUCGGCUCACCAGAAAUGGGAUGGUUUUGCCUGGCCGCAUACGUAGAAGAAGAGGAAUGGCAUUCAAAGGGGGAUCACACCUUGUGA